AUGAGAUCGAUUACAUUACUUUCAUCGUUUUCCAUCCUUAUCUGCUACUACUGCAUUUUUUUCACUUUCCAGAACUCUCUUGCCUCUGCCAAAUGUCUUGAGGAUCAACAAUCACUGUUGCUCCAAUUAAAAAACAAUCUCACAUAUAUUUCUCCUGACUAUAUCCCCAAACUAAUAUUGUGGAAUCAAAACACGGCUUGCUGCAGUUGGAGUGGUGUUACUUGUGACAAUGAGGGAUAUGUUGUUGGCCUUGACCUGAGUGGAGAAUCUAUUUUUGGUGGAUUUGACGAAUCAAGUAGUCUUUUCAGUCUCUUGCAUCUCAAGAAACUGAACUUGGCUGAUAAUUAUUUAAAUUCUUCCAUUCCAUCAGCUUUCAACAAGUUGGAGAAGUUGACUUAUCUGAAUUUGUCAGAUGCUGGAUUUCAGGGGGAGAUUCCAAUUGAGAUUUCCCAUCUUACAAGGUUGGUUACUCUUGAUAUCUCUUUCCCAUUCUAUCAUCUCGACUUCUCUUUCAUUUUCAACCAGUUUUUCUCAUUUGGACCACUACCAAAACUUAAAAUCUCAAAUCUACAAAAGCUUAUCCAAAAUCUUACCAAUAUUAGGCAACUGUAUCUAGAUGGUAUAAGUAUAACAUCUCCGGGAUAUGAAUGGAGUAAUGCUUUGUUACCGCUGCGUGACUUGCAAGAGUUGAGCAUGUAUAACUGUAGUCUAUCAGGACCCCUUGAUUCCUCCCUUUCAAAACUAGAGAACCUAUCGGUCAUUAUUCUUGGCGAGAACAAUUUUUCAUCCCCAGUGCCACAAACAUUUGCCAAUUUUAAAAACCUAACCACCCUCAAUCUUCAAAAUUGCGGAUUGACAGAUACAUUUCCACAAAAGAUCUUCCAAAUUAGAACACUGUCAAUUAUUGACUUAUCUGACAACCCCAAUCUCCAUGUUUUUUUCCCUGAUUACUCACUUAGUGAAUAUCUUCAUAGCAUUAGAGUGAGUAACACAAGCUUCUCUGGAGCAUUUCCAAACAAUAUCGGUAACAUGACAAACUUACUCCUAUUGGAUAUUUCUUUCUGUCAACUAUAUGGAACACUUCCCAAUUCACUGUCAAAUCUCACACACCUUACCUUCCUAGACCUUUCUUAUAAUGAUUUAAGUGGUUCAAUUCCUUCAUACCUUUUUACACUCCCAUCAUUGGAGAAGAUUUGUCUUGAAUCCAACCAUUUUAGUGAAUUUAACGAAUUCAUAAAUGUGUCUUCCUCUGUGUUGGAGUUCCUUGAUUUAAGUAGCAAUAAUAUAUCAGGGCCUUUUCCAACAUCUAUCUUCCAGCUCAAUUCACUUUCUGUCCUCAGUCUUUCCUCUAACAAGUUGAAUGGAUUGCUUCAGCAAGAUGAGCUUUUGAAGCUUAGAAAUUUACAUAGUUUACACCUUUCAUACAACAACAUAUCAAUCAUUGAGAAUGAUGCAAAUGCUGAUCAGACAACCUUUCCCAAUUUUGAACGUCUUUUUUUGGCAUCCUGCAACUUGAAAACUUUCCCUAGAUUCUUGAGAAAUCAAUCAACAUUAAUCAAUCUAGACCUGUCAAAUAACCAAAUUCAAGGAGUUCUGCCCAACUGGAUUUUGACACUACAAGUUCUUCAAUACCUUAAUAUUUCACACAAUUUUCUCACAGAAAUGGAAGGCUCUUCGCAAAAUAUUGCUUCCAACCUUUUAUAUAUUGACCUUCAUAACAACCACAUUCAAGGAAUACCUGUUUUUCUUGAAUAUCUUGAAUAUUUGGAUUACUCGACCAACAAAUUCUCUGUUAUCCCGCAUGAUAUUGGUAAUUACCUGUCUUACACACAGUUUCUAUCUCUUUCUAAUAAUAGUUUACAAGGAAGCAUCCCUGAUUCCCUUUGCAAUGCUUCAUAUCUGCAAGUGCUUGAUCUUUCCUUCAACAACAUCUCAGGAACAAUUUCUCCUUGUUUAAUUACAAUGACUAGUACCCUUGAGGCAUUAAAUUUGAGGAAUAACAAUCUAAAUGGCACUAUACCAGAUAUGUUUCCAACUUCUUGUGUUGCAAGCUCUUUGAACUUCCAUGGAAAUCUCUUACAUGGGCCGAUUCCCAAGUCUCUCUCCAACUGCUCAUCGUUAAAGGUAUUGGACAUUGGAUCAAAUCAAAUUGUUGGUGGUUUUCCAUGCUUUUUGAAAAACAUACCAACACUUAGUGUCUUGGUUUUGCGAAACAAUAAAUUUCAUGGUUCCAUAGAAUGUUCAGAUUCUCUAGAAAAUAAGCCUUGGAAAAUGAUUCAAAUUGUGGACAUUGCUUUCAACAAUUUCAAUGGAAAAAUACCAGAAAAAUAUUUCACAACAUGGGAAAGAAUGAUGCAAGAUGAAAACGAUUUGAAAUCAGACUUCAUCCAUAUGAGAUUUAACUUCUUCUCAUAUUACCAAGAUAGUGUGACAGUUUCCAAUAAAGGUCAAGAACUUAAGUAUGAUAAAAUUCUAACAAUCUUUACAGCCAUUGAUUUCUCAUCCAAUCAUUUUGAAGGACAAAUACCAGACGUGCUAAUGAAAUUUAAAGCACUCCUUGUUUUCAACUUUUCAAACAAUGAUUUUUCUGGUGAAAUCCCAUUAACUAUUGCAAACCUGAAACAGUUAGAGUCCUUGGACCUCUCAAACAACUCCUUGGUUGGUGAAAUUCCUCUGCAACUUGCAAGCAUGUCAUUCCUUUGUUAUUUGAACCUUUCGUUCAAUCAUUUGGUUGGGAAGAUCCCAACAGGUACCCAACUUCAGUCAUUUGAAGCAUCUUCGUUUGAAGGUAAUGAUGGCCUAUAUGGACCUCCAUUAACUGAAACACCAAAUGAUGGGCCGCACCCACAACCAGCAUGUGAGAGAUACAAUGAACUUUCCUAUCAUUUGACUGGUGACAACAACAUAGCAUGGCUUAAAUUCUUUACAGCCAUUGAUUUCUCAUCCAAUUAUUUUGAAGGACCAAUACCAGAGGUCCUAAUGAAAUUUAAAGCAGUCCAUGUUCUCAACUUUUCAAACAAUGCUUUUUCUGGUGAAAUCCCCUCCACUAUUGCAAGCCUAGAACAGAUAGAGUCCUUGGACCUCUCAAAUAACUCUUUGGUUGGUGAAAUUCCUGUGCAGCUUGCAAGCAUGUCAUUCCUUUCUUAUUUGAAGCAUCUUCGUUUGAAGGUAAUGAUGGACUAUAUGGUCCUCCACUGA